AUGGUGGAUUAUUACAGUAGAUACAUCAGAAGACUUAAUAUUACUACUUCCAAUGCAACAAUUGACAUCUUGACACAAGUGUUUCGCGAGCAUAGAGUUCUGAAAGCUGUGAUGCCUGACAAUGGUACAGUCAAGCUUUUGCAGGCCAGUACUGCUUUGACAGGGGCAGCAUGUCUGAGUAGUCAGCAUGUUGGAUUUGCAAUCUGGUGGUCCAGGGUUCAAGUCCUGCUCUGGCCACUUGCUAGAUUUGUUCUCAGUUGUCCCAAGUUCAAAUCCCUGACCAUGCUUGUCAAUAACCAACUGGUAACCUCCUGCUAGUUGGUGGUUUUAAUCCUGUUAUAUUCUGUUUGUAUUUUGUUUCUAAUUAUUUGAGUGGAGUACCUGCAAACUAGCUAGAUAAGCUAAUAAAAAAUAAGUUCACUUUCCACUAUAAACAAACAACCACAUCACAUCAAGCCCAUGUUAUCUGCAGAGUAAUAGAUUCAGAUUGAGUGAAUGAACCAAACAGUGAAACAGUAAAAGAAAAGGCGUAAUGAGGAACAGCAAGAUCAACACAGCAUUGUUAAUUUACAGAGCUACAUGUCCACCACUCAGCAUACCAAAUUCAUCUGAAGAUCCAGCUCUUAAAUUGAUGGAAAGUUAUGUAGAUUGCUUCUUCCUUAACCAGAACCCUGAUGCAGAGUCCACAUUAAGUAUCACAGAUAACUGCAGACAAGGACUACUCGAGUGA